GCGCUAUGGCCUCUCCCCCACUCGCCGGAUCCUCUCUUUGACACACCUCUGCCCUCCCUCAGGCCGGCCAACCUGCAGCCAGCGGCCAAGGCGGUGGAGGUGGGCAGGCUGGUCCUCAAGGCGGCGGAGUGGUCGCCGCAGUCGCACGAGCUCUUCCCGACAGCGGCUCGCAAGCGGGCGGUCGAGGUGAUGCGGCUGGGCUACCUGAUCGCCUGGGACGAGGAGCGCUUCGACAGCCGCGAGGGAGCGGCUCCAGAGCUGGCGGACAUCUGGCGCGGCUUUGUGCUGCCAAGGGUGGUGGUGCGAUGA